CAGUGAACAUUGCGACCGGUGCCAAGAGCGGACGUGUAAUCGUGGUGCGCUCUACCGAACGCCUCGCUGAAAACUUUCUUUAUAAUUAAUAAAAAACACUGUUAAAAAUCGUUUAAUACCUAAAGACAAUAAUUAUUAGUUUUGUUGUCUAUAAUAUUAAGUGAUACGAUGUCGUCGAGUCAUUCGGGAUUAAGCAAAGUGGAGUCUCCCAAGAUGCACGGGACAAAACCUUUGGAUCUGAAUGAUGUUGAAAUGGUCUUCGGCACACCAACCUCUCCCAGGGAUGUUGUCAAACCGGAUGUGCAUCGCAUAAACGAAAGAACCCACGGCAAGGACACGCUCAACACACAUAUCGACGGACACGAGGCGGAAGCCGGACACCCAUCACAGCCGCUGCUGGAGCCUGAGAAGGAGAGACCGAAGCCUCCGCUGGCCGGUCCCGAGGUAGACGACCUGGACGAGGAGAAACCUUCAGACGCGAAUCCCUUCCCUGGCAUCGACGACGGCCUGCUCGAGCCCGGGGAUACGAAACAUGAUGGACCACACGAAGGGAGCGAGGAGAAAAGCGGCGACGGAUCAACGCAUCCUACACACGACGACGGCAUCGGCACAGACGAGGGUAAAUGGCCGUGGCCAGCCACCGACGAGACUGACUAUCCCUACGAUGGUGUGAACGGAUUCGGAAAUAGAUUCAACAUUGACGACCGGCCCGGCUCGCCCUUCCCACCGCCAGGCUCAAUCCCGGACGUGAACACGUACCAGCAGAAAAAGAACCUGGCGCAGGGCAUGAUGGACCUCGCGCUGCUCUCCGCUAACGCCAACCAGAUGCGCUACGUGCUAGAAUCCUCGACCUCUCAUCCUUACUUCUACCCCAGUCUCGUCUUCAUCUCGCUUAGCGUUAUCUUCCAGAUAGCGGUGGGCGUUGGCCUUAUCAUGAACAGCCGGUACGACGUCAAAGACGAGAAGGAGAUCUGUAAAGCUGACAAGAUCAACAAUAUGACAGUCCUCGGCAUCUUUCUCAUCACCAUCGUCAACGUGUUCAUCACCUCGUUCAGUGUUGCCACACCAACCGCAGUAUCGGCGGUCGGCGCGGCCGUGGUGCAGCAGGCAGGAUGAUAACACAAAUA